AUGGGUUGUGUUGAACAUAUCAAAUUCAGCAAGUCAAUGUUGAAUUGCUCGGUAGGAGUUGAGUUGAGGAAUUUGCAGCCAUUGGGAUACCAGGCCUCAUUGGAAUCCCUGCUUGCAAUAGCUGCUGAUGAGACACAAACAGUUGUGCUUGCUAUUGCUGGGUACAGUUACAAGGACAUGCUGAUGAGUUGGGUUUGCAGACUACGCAGCUUGAGGAUCACCAACUUCAUCAUUUGUGCUUUGGACCAAGAAACCUAUGAGUUUUCUGUUUUACAGGGUUUGCCUGUUUUCCAUGAUCUAUCAGCACCAAGUAACAUCAGCUUCAAUGAUUGCCACUUCGGAACAAACUGCUUCCAGAAGGUCACAAAAGUAAAAUCCAGAAUUGUUAUGAAGAUACUGAAGAUGGGUUACAAUGUACUUCUCGGUGAUGUAGAUGUCUACUGGUUCGAAAACCCAGUUCAAUAUGUUCGCUCAUUCGGUCCAACCACCCUUGCUCAGUCUGACGAAUACAACCAAACAGGACCUAUAAACUUGCCUAGACGUCUGAACUCUGGCUUCUCCUUUGCUCGUUCUAAUGCUCCAACUAUUGCUGCUAUCGAAAAGGUAGUGAAUCAUGCAUCCACAUCAACCCUUUCUGAGCAGCCAAUCUUCUAUGAUGUGUUGUGUGGGGAAGGUGGAUUGAACCGAAUCAGUGAUGAUAGAUGUCUGGAACCAGUAACGAACGUCACUGUUCAUUUCUUGGACAGAAACCUCUUCCCCAAUGGUGCAUACUUAGACCUUUGGGAGAAGCCCAACGUGAGAGAAGCUUGCAUGAAUAAAAGCUGCUUUGUUCUUCACAACAACUGGAUCAAUGGAAGGUUGAAGAAGCUUGAGCGCCAAGUUUUGUCAGGCUUGUGGGAGUAUGAUAGUAGCAAGAGAAUGCAUUUGUCUUGCAUCACUCCAAAUUCCAGCACCUCAUGA